AAACAAAUACCGUUUUUAGCUCACUUAUUUGAUUUAAUCUUCAUUACUUGUCUAGAGGAUAGACAGAACACACCAAGAAAUGUGACAUUGCGAAAGGAUUUCAACAGUUCCGACAAUGGGGAAACCAGAUUUAAUAAUGCUUGAUGGGAAACCUGAAGAAAGAGCCAACGAAGAGACACCAUUAAAUGACACACAAAAUGUUGUACCUAAAAAAAGAACAUUGUUUGAAAAAUUGAAAGUCAUAAAGGAUAAUAUCACUGUAGAACCAAUAAUGGCAUGUUACAUUAUGCCUAGUGUUCUAGCAUCUAUUGCAACACAGAAUUUGAAUUUAGAAAAAGCAUGUCUGGUUAACUUAAAUUACAGCACGGAAAUCUGCGAAGCUUUAAAAGCUAGGAAGACAGAGAACUAUGAGUAUUAUGAAAAGGAAGUACAAACACUGAUCGCUAGUAUACAAGCUUGGAAGAAUAUUAUCCAAACAGCGUUUCCAGUUCUCAUUAUUCUUUUCGUUGGAGCGUGGAGUGAUAAAACCGGUAAACGAAAAGCGUGUAUCCUUAUGCCAAUCUUUGGCGAGUUUUUAACCUGUAUAGGAUUUAUUAUAAACACAUAUUUCUUUUACGAACUUCCGGCUGAGGUGGCUGCCCUUACCGAGUCAAUAUUCCCGGCGUUAACUGGUGGAUGGUAUACGAAUUUUAUUGGUGUGUUUAGUUACAUUUGUGAUAUAACAACGGUCGAAGAAAGAACUUAUAGAGUCGGUAUUGUGAACCUUUGCAUGUCUUUGGGAUAUCCUAUUGGAAGUGCCUUAAGUGGAAUUCUUUUGAAAGAAAUUGGCUAUUACGGCAUAUUUUCUAUAUCGGGAUCACUAUAUGUAUUCAGCUUACUGUAUGGUAUAUUUUAUCUAGAGGAUCCUAAGCCAAAAAAGGUUGAUAAAAAAUACAGUGGAGCAGUUGGUUUCAUUGUGGAGUUUUUCGACUUCGGCUUAGUAACUGAAACGUUUAAAGUGGCUUUUAAAAAAGGAACAGGAAACAGACGCCUUCAUGUCUGUCUAUUGCUGUUCGUGGUUUUCGUUGUUUUCGGACCAUUGCAGGGUGAAUAUACGAUCAUGUAUUUAUUCAUGAGAUUAAGGUUUAAUUGGGACGAAAUGAAGUUCAGUAUUUGGUCAACAUACAGCAUCGUUACGAAUUUAAUUGGUACCGCGUUUUCAAUGAGUCUUUUUAGUAGCUACCUGAAGAUACAUGACACAGUUUUGGGAGCCAUUUCCUGUAUGAGUAAGAUCGUCGCCUCUUUUGCGUAUGGAUUUGCGAGGAAUGAUCUAGAAAUAUAUUUGGCACCAUUACUGGAAAUAUUAAAUGGCACUUCAUUUAUUGCAAUGAGAUCAAUUGCCACGAAACUAGUGGAUGGUGAGGAAUUUGGAAAGGUGAACUCCUUAUUCGGUCUGGCUGAAGCUAUGACGCCAUUACUGUAUGGCCCAUUAUACUCCCAGGUCUAUAUCGCCACCCUUCAUGUCUUACCUGGAGCAGUAUUCCUUCUCGGCGGAUUCCUAACAUUACCAGCUAUCGCCAUAUUCGGUUGGCUUUAUUAUGAACACAGAAAAGGUGAAAGAAGAAAACAUAUGGAAAAGGCAGUUGACGCGGAAGAUGGUCAACAUAAGACAAGUGACAGUGAUAAUUUAAAAUAAUUUAAGUUUUUUCGUAUUUUACUGUUGCUAAAUGUCGUGUAAUUUUAAAUAUAAACUAAAUAUAUAAUAUAUCAUAAAUAAUUAAUAAAUUAUAGACAAAUUUAUUAGUUUACUAGUUAUAAAUAAUAAAAAAAUCAUUUAUUAAAAAUCUAUAUUUGUCAGAGAUAAUGUAAUAUGACAGCAUGUUAUUUGUUUUAUUAGAAUGGCAACACCACGAAAUACCAUAGACAUCUUUCAGGUUGUAAAUUGUCAAUAUGUCAAAGUCAAUUUGUCAGUACUUGAAUUUGAGUCGGCGCGUUGAAUCUCACUCGUUAUGUUCAUGUGGUCUCUGAUUGGCCGCGGCGCCUGCGUCAGUGACGUGCGCUUUGAUAGAUUAUAAUAUAAAUCUAAAUAGCGAACGACGACAGUUAUAACUAUGUGACUAAUAUUAAUCAUUUCGAAUCUUUGACAUAUCUACACGCCGCAGGAAUAUCCGCCCUUGAGCUUUGAGACUACAUAAACCCUGCUUGGUCUUACAAUGUCGGGAAGAGAAAAUGUGUUUUCACUUAAGAAUUAAUCACCUAAGCAUUUAAUCAAUUUCGAUAUAGCCAUGCAGCAAUGCAGCUAUUCAUACAUUUAUUUGUAUACCCAUAUUAAGAUUUUGUUAGUAAAUUGGUUAAUUCUAAAUUACUUUUAAUAGAUAAAAAUUAUCAAAUAAAUUAUUCGGCUGGUACGUUACAUCAAACCAGGCAUUGUUAUAUAUUAUAUACAAUAGGACAACAAUUCUAAAAUACUCAUGUAAAGCUUAGACUUAG